AUGUCGACCGGAACAUUUGACGCCAACAAGGCGCAGAAUCUGCCAGAGAUCGAAAAGCAGAUGGCCGUUCGAUGUGUCGAGCAUGCCCAAACCUACUGGAACCUCUUGGAGAAGAUCAAGCCUUCCACCCUUCGCUUGACCAAGCUGGACGACGAGAUGUACGAGGACUUCCAGGCUACUUUCCCAGAGUUCGCAGAGUCGGGUGACCCUAAGUCGGUGCUCAAGAUCGACGAGGAGGCCAUGAAGAGCCCUGCUGGUAAGGAGAAGUGGAGGCUCUUCAUCAACAAGUACGAGAACAAGGUCGCCGACUUCAACUUUGGUACUUUGAUCCGUACUGACGCUUCGGACGAGUACACCCAAUUUAACACUACCUUUGUCACGCGGCUUCAAUUCUACGUCUACGAAAUCGCACGUUGCCGACGUGGCCUCAAUGACUGGGUCUACGAAAAGGCGCAGAAGGAGGCUGCCAAGGAGAAGGCCAAGAAAGCCGCUUCUGGCGCCAAGUAA